AUGUCCUAUAUCAACAGACCUGUACCAGGUGCAGACCAGUACUUUCCUCUCAAUGAGCCCCCAAUCGGGUCCCCCUAUCCCAAGGAUGUGUACCCUCAGAACGCUGAGCUUCCUACCCUAUUCAAACCAAUCACCAUCCGCGGCGUGACCUUCAAGAACAGGAUCUUUGUAUCGCCCAUGUGUCAAUACAGCUCUGACAACGGUCAUGCGACCGAUUGGCAACUCGUACACAUUGGCGGAUAUGCUACACGGGGAGUGGGUGCCAUUUGCUUAGAGGCUACCGCUGUCGUCCCAGAAGGUCGUAUCUCUCCCGAAGAUGCGGGGCUCUGGACAAAUAGCCAGAUCGUGCCUCUGAAGCGAAUCGUCAACUUCGCGCAUGCCCAAGGUACCAUCAUCGGCACCUGGAAGGCACCGACAUACGUUGCUGGCAAGGACGAAGGAGGUUGGCCGGAUGAUGUGCCCGGUCCCAGCGACAUACCCUUCUCCGACCAGUAUCCCAAGCCCAAGCCGAUGACAGAAGAGGACUUGCAGCGCGUCGAAGACGCAUUCGUCCAGGCAGUCGAGCGCUGCAAGCAAGUAGGAUUCGACUUCAUCGAGAUCCACGGCGCACACGGAUACCUCUUUCACGAGUUCCUCUCCCCCCUCUCAAACGUCCGCACGGAUCAAUAUGGCGGCCCGCUCGAGAACCGUCUGCGCUGGCCGCUCCGAGUCGCGCAAAAGGCCCGGGCCGCCUGGGACAAGCCGCUGUUCUACCGCAUCAGUGCGACCGACUGGGCCGAGGGCCCAGAGCAAGACACCAACGGCGAAUGGAAGCAAUGGGGCAUCGAGCAGAGCAAGAUCUUCACGGGAGAGCUCGAGAAGCUCGGUAUCGACCUCAUUGACUGCAGUAGCGGCGGAAACUGGGUAAAGCAGAAGAUCGACGUCGGUCCGGGAUACCAGGCGAGUUCUCCCGCACUACCUCCGCUAGCCUUCAGUACUCCUUUCGCCGAAGCAUUGAAGAAGGCGCACCCUAACUUACCAAUCGGCACUGUCGGGUUGAUCACCGAAGCCGAGCAGGCCGAGUCGUACCUGCGAGACGGAAAGGCAGAUGUUGUUUUCCUUGCUCGUGCCCUCAUCCGAGACCCGCAUUGGGCGAUCCGCGCUGCCGAGAAGCUCGGUGUCGCAGUCAAACCCGCGAACCAAUACGAACGCGGGUGGGUCGAUAUGCUCACUCCGGCUCGGGCCGGGGCAACGAGCCAUGAGCGCGGCGGCGAGCAGGGGACUGCGAAGGAGAACCUGGACCAGAAGCAGGCGUGA